AUGGCUACGUAUGGCGGUAAAAGCUAUCGCGUUACAAAGAUAACGACCAAACAUUUAUCGCGCGGUAAAACAAGAGCCAAGAGGUUGGUUCUAUCGAUUUCCCUCGAAAUCGUCUUGGUAGCGAUAAAUCUCCAACUGUUUUUCGUCCUCCGCUUCUCUUCGACGUCACGGAAUUUCUCGCGGCGGAGCUACUCCUCACCGUCUGAGAUAAUGUUUAGUUCGGGGCCGAUACUGCCACUAGAGGCACCUCCUACCGAUGGGAAUCUGGGUCCUCUUCCUCCAUCGCAAUUGACGGAUCAGGAAAUCGAAGAGAGGGAGUUGCAAGCUCAGCAAAACAGCUCAAACCAAGCUCGGGUGGCUGUAGCGACUCACACGAAGACUAUCGGAAUCAUUCACCCACCUCCGGAUAUCAGAAGCAUCGUCGAGAAAACAGCUCACUUCGUUGGCAAAAACGGGUUGGAGUUUGAAAAGAGGAUCAUGGCUGAAAACGCCAAGAAUGCCAAGUUCAACUUUUUGACCAGCUCAGAUCCUUACCAUGCCUACUACCAGCACAAGCUCACAGAAUAUCGUACUCAGAAUCAAGACGGAGCUCCGGUUACUGAUUCCGAUGGCACAGAUCUCCAGCCUGAUGCUGCGGCUGUUGCUGAUGAGGGUGAAGGAGGUGAGGCACAAGCCGACAUUCAGGCUCAAUUUAGGAUUCCUGCGAAGCCUCUAGAAGAACCGGAACCUGAGAAGUAUACUAUUAGAGUUCCUGAAGGGACCAAUGGCGAGGAUCUUGAUAUUAUUAAGCUCACGGCGCAGUUUGUGGCACGUAAUGGGAAAGCGUUCUUGACUGAUCUGCAGAAUAGGGAGAGUAACAAUCAUCACUUUCAGUUUAUGAAGCCAAAUCAUAGCAUGUUCGAGUUUUUCAAGAAACUGGUUGAUGUGUAUUUUGAUGUGUUGAAGCCUCCACCAGAGUUGAAAGAGAAGCUGAGGACGAGCGCUGCUGAUUUGACGACUGUUCUUGAGCGUUGUUUGCACCGUCUCGAAUGGGAUCGUUUCGAGGAGCAGAAGAGGAAGAAAGAAGAGGACGAGCAAGAGCUGGAGAGAGUGCAGAUGGCUUUGAUUGAUUGGCAUGAUUUUGCGGUUGUUGAGUCGAUAGAUUUCGCUGAUGAUGAGGAUGAGGCUUUGCAUCUGCCAAUGACAAAAGAAGAAUAUAUAAAGAGGAGCAAAACAUCAGCGAUGGAAGUGGAUGAGAUUGUCGAGCCUGGAAAGGAAGUCGAGAUGGAAAUGGAUGAGGAAGAAGUUAAGCUUGUUGCUGAAGGAAUGAGAGCAGCGAACCUGGAAGAGAAUGGUGGCUCUGUGACGAUAGAGCAUGUAAUGGACGAAGAAGCACCUAUGAGAAUUGUUAGGAACUGGAGGAGGCCAGAAGAUAGGAUCCCGGCAGAGAGAGAUCCGACUAGAGUUGUUGUAUCACCAAUCACCGGCGAGCUGAUUCCCAUCAACGAGAUGUCUGAGCACAUGCGGAUUUCGCUUAUCGAUCCUAAGUUCAAAGAGCAGAAGGAUCGGAUGUUUGCAAAGAUUCGUGAGACCACUCUCGCACAAGACGAUGAGAUUGCUAAAAACAUUGUGGGACUCGCUCGUCUGCGUCCUGAUAUCUUUGGAACAACCGAAGAAGAAGUGUCAAAUGCUGUUAAAGCAGAGAUUGAGAAGGAGCAGCCAAAGCAAGUAAUAUGGGACGGUCACACAGGGAGUAUUGGUCGCACAGCAAACCAAGCAUUGACUCAGAACGCUAACGGAGAGGAGCAAGGCGAUGGCGUUUAUGGAGAUCCCAAUAGCUUCCCUGGCCCUGCUGCUCUUCCUCCUCCACGUCCAGGUGUCCCAAUAGUCCGGCCAUUGCCUCCACCUGCUAAUCUCGCUUUGAACCUCCCUCGUCCUCCUCCUUCUCUUCAGUACCCUGGUGCACCAAGGCCAUUAGGUGUUCCUAUGAUGCAACCACCCAUGCAUCAACAACACCAGCUCCAAAUGCCCGGGCCACCUGGACACCCGUCGAUGAUGAUGAACAGGCCACCACAAAUGCAGCCUGGUAUGCUGGUUCCUCCUCCACCGGGGUCUCAGUUUGCGCAUCUUCAAGUCCCCAGACCUUAUGGUCAGCUUCCAAUGGGGAUGAUGCAACCACCACCUAUGCCUGGGAUGCCUCCUCCACCACCGGAGGAGGUACCACCGCCUCUUCCUGAGGAGCCAGAGCCAAAGAGACAAAGGUUCGACGAGUCAGUCCUUGUUCCAGAAGACCAGUUUCUUGCUCAGCAUCCGGGUCCGGCUACGAUCAGGGUCUCUCUUCCAAACUCUGACGACGGGCAAGUCAUUGAGAUCUCAGUGCAGACAUUAUCCGAGAACGUGGGAAGUUUGAAGGAGAAAAUAGCUGGGGAGAUACAGAUUGCAGCAAACAAGCAGAAGUUAAGUGGCAAAGCAGGGUUCUUGAAGGACAACAUGUCGCUUGCUCAUUACAAUGUGGGCGCAGGAGACAUCUUGACACUGUCUGUGAGAGAACGUGGUGGGAGAAAGAAAUAG